AUGAAUGAUUGUUUCUGUUCUUAUGAUUUGGUUCAUCUGACGUGGCUGUUAUUGCAGAGCAUCCUUCCGAGUAGGUACCCUGCCGAGAUGAAAGGAGUUUCCAGCAGGCGUGAUCUUAUUUUUGCAGAAAAACUGAGGACAUUUCUUACCAGCAAGAAAAAGGUCAGACUAGCUGAUAGUGAUUUGUUCUGUGAUGCAGCUAAAGAAAGUGGAACAGAUGGAGCACUAGCCGGGGUGUGGACUGAAGUAACCGCUUUGAUAGAUCGAAAGGUCUGUUCUAUUCUUGCUAUCAUCUUCAAAAUUUGUGAGUUCGUUGAGCACAUGAAUACACAUGUUGAACGGAAUCUCGAACGUGCUCAACGUGGGGGAGUUCCUGGUACCAGAGGACUUGUUGAAGCUUUUCUCAAGGUAGGAGCUGACGAUCCGUUUGCAGAAGAUGGAACUGUUGGUGGACUUCCGGUUUGGGAGGUGACUUACCAUUGCUUGCGAGCGGGAGAUCUUUGCGCAGCUAGAGAUGCUCUGGAGCUCUUAGUCAAUUUUCCUCAAGCCGCUGUGCUUGUUGCGUGCUUAAAUCACUUAAGCAAAGAAACCAAGCUUGACGUGGAGUUGAAAAAGAAGUUGAAGGUUGAAUGGAGGCAUAAUCUUAAUUCUACGAAAGACAAGUAUAAAAGAGGUCUUUAUGCAGCUCUGCUAGGGAUGGGUAGGUUUCGGAAGAAAUUCCUCUUUUACCUUAUUCAAAUCUUGCUGAUUCACUUGAAAACUGGCUUUGGUUCAAGUUAUUUCUCAUUUUGGUUUUUGUCGCAGAAAGUACCACUUUCAGGAGAAUCAUACUUCAUGGCAGCCGGUACAUCCGAGUUCCAUUAUUACUUCACUGCUCUUUGGCUUUCUGGACAGUUCGAACGGGCGAUUAAGCUACUAUUCGACUAUGGAUACAUUUCUGACGCCGUUCACAUUGCCAUUCUCACGAACGAGAUGGGGUAUUUGCGAAACACCGUCGACGCAUCCUCAGAAAUGUUAGUAAUGGAUUCAUUGCAACUCACAAAAUGUUGUUUUAAUAUUGCUCGUUUGCUCGUUUCUUACACUAAAGAAUUUGAGCUAGACGACGUUGGGAGAGCGCUAGACUACUGGUAUAUCUUGAAGGGUCUCAAAACGCCUUCUGGUAGCGAUGUAUUCGACAUAGCAGUUAGUAGAGCAGUAUACCUCACAGGCAAGGCGGAAUCAAUCAUUGGGACACUUACACCAGAUGGGAAACGAACCCCGGGUUUGAUCGAUGUUUAUCUGGAAGAUUGCAACGACAUUAUAAGCCGUGUAGCUCGUGAUACAGAGUUAGGGGGCGACACAGCUCAAGCUGUAAAUCUUUAUAUGCUGGCGAACGCCCCCGUUAGAGCAGUUGAGCUGUUGUGUGGUGAGCUGAGCGAUGCAAUCAGGAUGAAUGAACUGCGUAAACAAGCAGAAGAAUUCGUUUCCUGUGAAGCGAGCGUAUUGUCUACGUUGUGCAUACUCAUGGAUGUUUGUAUUCUGAUAGAUUUAUGCGAAUCUGGCCUCGCUGACAGAGCUUUGAGUGUCUCACAACAGCUAAGGCUAGUCCCUUUGGACACAGAGCAAGUCCCAGUGAUAGUCGGAGAAUUUCACCUUAUACCGCAAAAGGUUCGCGAAGUUAUUCCGGAUCUCUGUCUACAACUUAUGCGUUGCAUGGUUGACGCUAUUCAUUCCAGCGCAACAGUUAAUGCUAGAUACAAUAAACAGGUAAAAGCUAUCGUAAUCUACGCUGCCACUGUCAAUUACAAGUUUCCUCAUCAUAUCACAUCCAAACUAUUACAACUACAGGCUUCAAUAGCUGUUUAA